AGAACACAUGGACCUUUAACUAGACAGGAAGUGUCCUCUUGAUACUGACAGGCAGCUACCAUGGCGCAUGAUGUGAAAUCCAGAAACAAACGAUACGAGAAACUGGAUUUCCUGGGAGAGGGUCAGUUCGCCACAGUGUACAAAGCCAGGGACAAAACCACUGAUACCAUAGUUGCCAUUAAAAAGAUUAAGGUUGGCCACAGAACUGAGGCUAAAGAUGGUAUUAAUAGGACUGCUCUUCGAGAGAUCAAACUGCUGCAGGAACUGCAUCAUCCAAACAUCAUUGGGCUGCUGGAUGCCUUCGGACACAAAUCUAACAUCAGCCUGGUGUUUGAUUUCAUGGAAACAGACUUGGAGGUGAUCAUCAAAGACACCAGCCUAGUCCUGACUCCAGCCAACAUCAAAGCCUACAUACUCAUGACUCUUCAGGGAUUAGAGUAUAUGCACCACCACUGGGUCCUACACAGGGAUCUGAAGCCCAAUAAUCUGCUGUUAGACGGUAGUGGAGUGUUGAAGUUGGCUGAUUUUGGUUUGGCCAAAGCAUUUGGCAGCCCCAACAGAGUCUACACACAUCAAGUUGUUACCAGAUGGUACCGCUCCCCUGAGCUCCUGUUUGGUGCCAGAAUGUAUGGUGUGGGUGUCGACAUGUGGGCAGUAGGAUGCAUCUUGGCAGAGUUACUCCUUCGGAUACCAUUCCUUGCUGGAGACUCCGAUCUGGACCAGCUGACAAAGAUCUUUGAGGCUCUUGGGACGCCUACAGAAGAGACAUGGCCUGGAAUGAGUAGUCUACCAGAUUAUGUGUCCUUCAAAAUAUUUCCUGGCACACCACUGGAACAUAUAUUUAGUGCAGCUGGAGACGACCUACUAGAGCUGCUACAGGGUCUGUUCACCUUUAACCCCUCGACGAGGACCACAGCUACACAGGCUCUGAAAAUGAGGUACUUCAGUAAUCGACCUGGUCCCACACCUGGUCAACAACUCCCCCGACCCAACUGUUCAGCUGAGGCUCUGAGGGAGAAGGACACAAUCGGGCUCAAGAGGAAAUGCGAGGGCCUGGAGACAACUGUGAUGAAGAAGAAGCUCAUUUUCUGACCACAUGGGACCUUGAUAAAUGAGAUUAUCGCCAUUUUCACACUGAGUGGCUCAGCUUUCCCGCAUUGCUCAGGAUCUUCCACUGGAAUGGAAGAAAAAAACAAGUCCAGCACAGAGAACUAACGGCUCGGAUGUGUUUGACUUUAGGACAUUUUAGAGGUAGUUGCUGUUAAAUCAGUUGAGAACCGUGCCUCAGAGGUCAAUAGCGUCUGGUCUUCCUUCAUUGUAACAAUAAUGCCCAAGCUCUGGGAGCCUGUUGUAAUAUGUAUAUUUAUGUGCCUGAAAAUAAGAACGACCAAACAAGCAAGCCUGAUUUAUUUCAUGUGUGUAUAUUUAAAUAGUGCAAAUGCAUAUAUGGGAUUUUCACGCCUGGUCUAACUGCCUUAAAUUUACUAUGAAACUAUAUUGGAUUAUAUUAUUAGUAAGAAAUAAUUGUCCUCAGUGAUAGUAAGACAUGGUUGUGAGAAUGUUUCUGCUGGUUCAUAUAAUGAUGUCUAUACUUUCCAGCUUUCAUAGACUGAUUUCAUGUAAGAAGAAUUCACGGGGUCGACUUUUUCACCUGUUGAAUAUGUGUGGACAGAAAUAUACUCGUGCUUUAUUUACUCAGCAUGUGUCAGAGGGAAAGAUUGUGUGUUUCUGUGGCAUAAGCCUUGUCUUCAGGGCAGACAGUGACAACGUGUCACUGUGCAUAUCGUUUCCUUCCUGUCCCUUCUCUUCAACAUUACUGCGAUUCAACGCAGUCUGACAUGUCGGAGGCCUGAUGCUCUGGCAGGUGUUCUGCUGCUCUUUUGGUUUUUCUGUCAAACAGUAUCAGAUUGGAGAAGAAGAGCAAGAGAUGAGUAUUCCACAGUUUUAGCAACAAAAGAAAAAUCUUUAUAUUUAACCCAAAUCAAAUUCUUUAACAAAAAAACAGUGCAGAUUUCUAUUUUCUGUUAAAUGUCAUCUGCUUCUGUUUUUACAAUGAGACCAUCCUUAAAUCUCCAUUUAGGGAUAUCUGACUAGUUUAAGUUAAAGAAAUCCCAAACAUGAAGGCAAUAAUUUAACCUUCCUCUUGGUUAGUGUGAGCACUUUUUCAGUCUGGGCACAGAGGGUUUCCAUUUGAGGUCAUGGUGCAUUAAGUUCAGAGAGAAGGCAGCCUGUGUGAUUUGUGCCUAUAUUCAUAAAUGCUCACAAUACAGCACUGAGUGGGGACACAAUGACUUUGUGUGGUGGCGAUGAGUGACUACAGUGUGUGUGUGUGUGUGUGUUGGGUGCCUGGGUCAGAUGACAGAUCUGGCAAAUAGCAGCACAGUCAUGGAGUGCUACAGUAGCAGCCUUAUCAGCUCAUGCAAAGGCUGUUUCAGGGCCAGGAAAGCCACUGUUGGAACCUACACCCUGUUGUCCUCAUGCUAUGAAUAUGAGCACAGGGUUUGUGGGAGAAAGUCAUACUUGCUCAUAAAUCUGAAUCAGCAAGAUAAGCAUGUGGGAUUCUCUGCAGAGGGAUGAUAAAGACCUUGGUAUGAUUGAUACAGCAUA